UUGCGACACGGUACAGGAUCAAGAGGGUAUACUACGCACCCAUCGAUUGACCCCCCUGGUUUUACACGAACCUAAUUAGUAGAUGUGAUAAUUUGACCAAUCACAUUGCCUUAUUCUCAUGAGACUUCUUAUGAUUAGUGGACAGUAAAUGCAUACGUAUUUCUAUUUCUAGCCCGUGAAUUAAAAUAUAGUGUUGAAUAUUCGAGGUUAGAAUACAUGGAAAUUGUAAAAUAAUUUGUAUUUCAUUAUGACUUGUUUAUUAACACAGCAUAAAUUUGAAUGCCGCGUCAGUUCAGUUUUAAACAAGAAUAAUCGGUUAUAUGGAAGAAAUUAUAUGUUUGACAAUUCUCCUGAUACAUGUUGGAACUCUGAUGCAGGAACACCACAGUGGAUAAUUAUUAAUUUUGAACAAGAAUGUGAAGUAAAUUCAUUUGAAAUUGAAUUUCAAGGAGGAUUUGUUGGCAAAAAUUGUCAUCUAGACAUUGGUUAUAAAAAUACGGAAUUUUUUGAAUCAUUUUAUCCAGAAGAUAAAAAUACAUUACAGAAAUUUUAUUUAAAGAAAUCGGCAAAAGCAAAAUCGUUUAAAUUUGUGUUUAAUGAAAGUACUGAUUUCUUUGGUAGAAUAAUCAUAUAUAAAUUAGCUUUGUAUUUAUAAGAUAUAUGUUAUUAUUUUUAUAAUGAAGUAAAUAAAAUUAUUGUUUUAUUUUUUA